AUGGGCCGUCCGAAGCGAAACGUCCUCGCUGCUGCGCAAGAGGCGCUGUCACCGCCAGAUGCCCUGGAACCAACCCAAGUCAUCGUGCGCGUCGUGAAGCCCGAGGGAAACAAUCUGUACACCUGCGAGAUGCCAAACAAGAAGCAGGUCAUCCUCGAGCUCGCCCAACGAUUCCGCAACACCAUAUGGAUCAAGCGCGGCGGAUACGUCCUGGCUGAGGGUUAUCCGGUGGGAACUCAGGACAGCAGGGCAAUUGGAGAAAUCAUCAAUGUCGUGCGCGACGAGAAACUCUGGCGAAAGCAGCCGUAUUGGUAU